AUGGGUGAUUUACCCUCGCCCAGAGUUCAACCAUCAAGACCUUUUGCAGUCACCGGUGUUGAUUAUGCUGGUCCAUAUUCUAUUAAGUCCCAAUCAGUGAUUCUAUCAACUUCAACGUUUUUAGCAGCUCUAAAAAGAUUUAUCGCCCGACGAGGCAAACCAUCUAAAAUUUCGAGUGACUGUGCUACUACUAACUUCAAAGGUGCUAGUAAGGAACUGAAGGAGAUUUAUAAAAAUGCAGCUCGCAUUGAGAAAAGCAGUGAAUUAUGUGACUACAUUACCUCAGAAGGUAUAACUUGGUUAUUUAAUCCUCCGACAUCUCCUCACUACGGUGGCUUGUGGGAAUCUAAUGUGAAAUCCAUGAAAUUUCAUCUUAAACGAGUAUUAGGAUCCACACUUCUAACUUACGAGGAAUUUUUAACAGUGCUUACACAAGUGGAAGCGUGUAUGAAUUCCCGUCCUCUUUGUGCGAUGUCUAGUGAUCCAAACGACUUUAGUGCAUUGACUCCAGGUCAUUUUCUGAUUGGAGCCCCUUUGCUUGCCAUUCCGGAAUCUGACUUGAGUGAUGUGAAAUCUUCACGACUUAAACGUUGGUCUCUAGUUCAACAGACUGUGCAACAUUUUUGGAAACGAUGGUGUGCAGAAUAUUUAACAACACUUCAACAACGUGCUAAGUGGUUUCGUGCGUCUCCAAAUCUAAAAUGUGGUGAUUUAGUUCUGAUCAAAAACGAACAACUGCCUCCAAACCAAUGGAAAAUUGGAAGAAUUGCCUUAAUUCAUCCAGGUAGUGAUAAAAAAGUUCGAGUGGCUACAAUCCAUACAGCCGCUGGUGAUUUCAAACGAGCUGUUACUAAAUUGUGUCUUAUCCCCAAUCAUGACUAAUAUGAACUAUGAACUAUUGACUUUUUUCAUAUUAUUGAACUUUAAUUUUAGUUAUAUUUUCAAUUAAUUUUUUUUGUUAAUGUUAUUAUGUAUGCUUUAACUAUUUGUCUUUUUUGAACCCUUAGAAGGCUUCAAGGCCGGGGGCUAUGUUUAG